UCAAGUACCAGAUGCUGAAAGAGGAAGAGAUUGAGAGCCAAGAUGCUUAUCACGCCUUGCUUCAUCACAGUCUGUUGGCUGAGAAACAACUGCGGGAUCGCAGAAGGAAAUGCGAAACCCAACUGCAGUCUUGGCUGCAGAAGUAUGACGUGGAAAUGUCCGCUAAGCAGGAAGAACUGGAUGAUCUGACCAAGAUGUACGAAGACGAGGUCGAACAGAUCGAAAACCUUAAGAUUAAAUUAGACAACCAAAACAAAGAGUUCGAGCCACUGAUGGCAGAACGAGAAGCCGAGUACCACCAGGAGAUGACGAAUAAGCUGAACGCGUUCAUCAUUGAGCACGCCGCGAGGGUUAUACAAGUCGCGUGGAGGACUACUCUGUCGAACCGAGCUGAGAAGAAGAAGUUGAACAGACUAAGGAAGAAAAUGGAAGCUGAAAGAGAAGCAGCGGAAAGGAAAGCAGAAAUUGAAGCUAAGAAGGCUGCUGCAGCAGCCGCGAAACAAGCGAAAAAAGAGAAAGCUGAGGCAAAGGCAGCCGCCAAAGCUGCCAAGCUGGAAGCCAAGAAUCAACCGAAAGAAGGCAAGCCGCAAGAAGGCGGAGAAACUCCAGCUGAAGGCCAAUAAUAUUUGGGUCUAGAUUGGAGUUGUGUAGGAGCUGUGGUAAGUAUAACCUUUGAUCUGUGGCCAUUUGGAGAUGCUGA